AUGCUACUUAUAAACACUUAUGUUCAGAAAGACGGUUUGAGCCUUGAGGAGUUCCCAGGUUCUGGAAGACAGUACCACUAUUCUCCUAUGAUGCCAAUAAACCUCUCACGUCGGCAGUUCAAGUUACUGUACAACUUAAUUCCAUAUGAUGACGACAUGGAAUCUUUCGAGACAUCUAAGGAAGUCGAUGGAGAUCUUCCUCCUAAAAGAAAUAUCCUCUGUAUAAGCAAUAAGGGCAUUAAACCCGAUCGCUUUGAGUUUUCAUCCUGUUCCGUAGAAAUCCUGCUUGACUUACUUGGUCUGCUCUUCCAGCAUCUAAUUCUCGAUCCCAAUAGUCACAGUGAUUGUCCGACGGCCACGAGCCUCACUGACCAGGACUACAGGCAUAUUCAGUCUCGUUUAUUCGAGACUUUAAAUGUCAACCAGUUUGACUUCCUCUCCAGCAGAUUGACAGAAAAACUGAUGAUGCAUUCUCGCAACCUUUGGGCUGUUCUCUCGAGUGACGGUAAUUUAAAUGAUUUGAAGCCCCUGGGUCAACAUAUUUCUGAGACUUGCGGACAAGCCCAAGCAGUAUCGUCCUGUUGUUGCUCGGAUACUUUGUUAGAUUGGUGCCAUGACCUUACCAGGCGGGCGCUCUUUCUUUUUCCAGUCGAGGCAAGGUUCGAGUUCUGGAGAGCAAGCUGUCUUGGUAUUGGCAGGUUAGAAAUAGAGGAUGAAUUCCCAUUAUUAAUUAAGGAUUAG